AUGGUGUUGCAGUGUAGCAACCAUGCACCUAGAGCUGAUUAUCUUCUCUUCGCCUUGCGUACAUUAUUUAGAGUUAGUUACAUUAACUGGGAUACCUUUUUACCAUCCCUUCUCUCUUCAGUCUCCGCUGCUGAGGCCUCACUAAACCAAGCAGGUUCUUCUGCUACUUCUUCACAGUCUUUAGUCCCUGUACCUUCAGGUAAUGAACAAGGUUCUGUCAUUGUAAGAGAUAAUGCUAUGAGGAAUAGUCAGCGUGUAAGAGCUGCAGCUAUAAACAGUCUGCGUCAGAUCAGUUGCAAAAUUAUUUUGAUUGGCAUUGAGUUUAAUCUCAAACCUUUCACUCAUGCUGAGAUAUUCCAGUACAUGAUGAGUUGGCUUGUGAACUGGGACAUGAGAGAGAUGGGAACUGAGAAGAGUUUAGCUGAAUGGUUAAGGAGCUGUUUGGAAGUGAUGUGGGUGUUAGCUGAAUGGUUAAGGAGCCAAGAUUGA